UGAGACGGUAAAAAUCGUAUAUUACCAAUACAAAGCUGAAUAAAAAAGUAACGAAGAAUAGACUCCGGAGUACAGUAGUAAGGCGUUGCACGCGUCAGACAUGCGCGUUAAUAAAAGCUCGGUCCUAUGGCUGUUACUUGUCUUUCGCGCGGGCUCGCAUUCAGUCGUACGAAUUCCCGCGGCGUGGAUUAUCGUACUGUCAAAUAAACAGUCAGCGAGCUGAAAAAUUUCCAACAGCUCUCCUAUAAAUAAAUAAAUAAAUAAAUAAAAAAUUAAUGACACAAACAAAACAAACGUUAAACAAUUAAAUUAAAUCUUAACAGAAUAAAGUUUAAUUAAGUAAGAUGAUAAUUUAACAGAGUUAUCUUGUACAAUAACUUUAUCAGCUAACGCCUGUCAUGUCAAAUUAAAAAGUUUAUAAAUCUAAGAACCGCCUCAACGAGCGUCUUAAUUACUACCGUGACGUGACGUUGUGUGUCUGUGUAGUAACACUUGGAUUUAUUAUUAAAAAAAAGUAACGGAAUGAAAAAAAAAAAAUAAAAUAAAAGAGUCUGUGGAAUCUGUAAGCCAGAACUGACUCGGAUGUCAAUAAAAAGGUAUCAAGUGACAUGAUCACGUGUGGAAUGAAAGUGCCGUGUGAUUUGUUGAAUCCCACUUGGACAAAUGAUGCUACCGGUAUUAAUUGCUGGAGCAUUAACUGUCUAUACUGAAAGCGAAGCAAACAUCGCCGCUACAAUCACCAGCUCUGACUGUCGCCACACAUUACUGUCAUUGUGGUUGUCAUUGUCAUCAAGUUAAAUCCUAUUAGGGUUCUAAUUGUAUAUAAAGAUAUAUAGACACAAUUUAUAUAGAUAUAUAAAAGCCAUUAGCACUCACUCGUUAGCCAAUAAUGGGAUGACUGUUAGUCCCGAGGAUGCGGAAAAGAUAUGCUGCUGAUGUGGAUUUCGUCCGAUCUGUUACCCGCCACCGGAGUUGGGCACACACUCAGCAUAGAUAAUGACGCAAUCCCCGACACCAUCCACCAGCAAAUUACAUGAUGAUAAAUCAAUCGCACUGCAAAUACAUGACAUUAACUGCCAGGUGGCUCAGUUUCGAGAUCUGCUGAUUAACAUCGGGCAGCCUCGGGAUGGUCCAGAGCUGCGAGAACGGGUCCGCAAGCUGCGACGGAACUGCGUCGAGUCCUGCAAGUCCACUUCCCAGUUGGUCUUACCCCAAAUGCGUAGUGCGAUCGACCUUGGCAUACCUGCAGACAGCCCGAACUUGGUGCUUCUUUUCUUCGUGGCCCAGCUUUUCUUGAGAGAGCUUUUCAAAUGCAAAAAUCUUGUCCGUAUUGUUCCGAUGGAUAUGUCUGGUUACUAUGCCAGCAAAUCAGGACCAUCAAACAUUGGAAAUGUGAUUUCAUCGAUUUUACUAUGCAAGCAGAUUACUCCGAAUUUCAAUGAAGAGGAACUUUGCAGUACCCGUAAAGACUCGGCGGAAAUAAGCGCUCUCGUUGCUGAGCUUCAAGAAUUUAUGCCGCAAUCAGAGGCUGAUGUAGAAAGAACUAUUGCUCUGCAAGAUUGCUGUGCAGGCACAGCUCGUAAUAACGGGGCCCGUAAAGGCAACAGGUGGGACAAUAGAGCCGGAAAUCCAAAUUACUUCGGUGGUAGCUUCAACUUCCUCUGCUGUGCCUCGAGACCUAAUUACGUUUGA